CGGUAGUGGUCGUCGGCUCGGGAUUUUCCCCCUCGCCGCCAUGCCAGUGGUUAGUGUAGUCAACCAAACAUCAUGAUGUGGCAAUACGUUAGCGCUGGGGUUGAAUUUCAAUAAAAAAACACAACCACAAUUCAAUCAGAUAAAAGGGAAGAGCCCAGCUCUGACAAGAGUUACCCAAAAGCCUGGGUCAACCACUCAUUAAUCGUGAUUUAUCAGCUCCCCGUGACACAGUGGUGUACGUGAUUUUUAACAAAAAGUGUUGACGUGAAGUAUUGUGAAUUGACAAAACACCGACUGUUGUCCGAGUGCCGCUGAGCGCGGGAGUAAAUAGUUGUGACUAAAAUUCCGAGAAUUAUUCGCAUUUUCUUGUAAACAUACUGUGAAUGUUCGCCGGUGGUGGAGCAAUGUCACAUGGACCGGAUUAUCGGGAAUUCAUGACGAGAUAAAAAGGAAGAAAACCUGGUAAACUGCGGAGAGGCAGUGGAAGGUGCGGGCGGGAACAUCCUCUCCUCUCGCACCUCACCGAAUUGCCCAUCACGACACGACUGGGAUCAUCUGCCUCCCAGUCAUCGUACCCAUCACGACACGAUGCUGGAUCCAAGUGUGCUCACAGACCUUGAGGAAUUGACUCUGUGUGGUUAUUGCAAGUUAAAGUACAACGACGACGAUCAAUGCCCGAAAUACCUGAGUUGCAAGCACUACUUUUGCUUGCGCUGCAUUGAGAAUAAUUUACUCAAGGGACGUGAAUUAUUCUGCGCACACUGUUGGAAGAGAACCGAACUCGGUGAUCAGGGGCCCGAUGCACUUCCCACAAAUUCACCAGUACUGGCACUGGCCAAUCAUUUUUCCUACCUCAAGAGAAGCAGUAAUGGCACAACAGUUAAGCCAGCGGAGAAAGAGAGAAAGAGCGAAAAUUGCCACACACAUGGUAUGCCCCUUGCCCUGUGGUGCACAACGUGUUGCACAUCACUGUGUCGAGCCUGCGCGACACCGCAGGAUCAUCCUGGCCAUCAGAUCAAGACUCAGACGGAUGCCAAAGAACAGCUCAUAUCCGACGUUCAACUGGAACUAGUAACAAUGGGCAAGUUAUCAACGGAGAUUCAGCGCCUAGCGAUGCAACAACGAGAAUUUUUGAUAAAAGUCCUAGAAGCCUGCGUGACCCUGAAGACCCACGUUGAAACCGACCUCCAAAAUGGCUGGACGCACUUCCCCGAGAUAUCGGACGCCCGUGAGACCCUUGGAAAAGCAAAAGCGAGCCUGCAAGUGAGUGACAACCCCUCUGACGUCUGCACCCUUCACGCCCAACUAGCCAUGGAGAAACAACGACUCCAAUCAAAGUACCAGGAGAUGAUGCUGCAGUGUCAGUUGGACGAUCUAAUAGGAAAUUCAGGUGUAGUCUUCGAUUUUGCUCUACUAAAACAGGCCCUAGCGGGCAUUCACUCGGGCGAGCAGAUCCUCCCGCCCGGGGGCAAUGGAAGAGCCCCAAGUCACAUAGCAGCAGCACAAAAUCCCAUUCUAUUUCUCGCUAAUUACUGCAUGUCACAGCUGUACUCGCGUCACGUUCUCAGCAAGCAACACAUUCAGAACGGUUCGAUAGACUAUCAUCACGUGAAUAUGAUGCCCCCGGGUUCAAUACAAAUUCACCCAGUUCCCCUGGCGCCUCAAGCCCAAACCGCCCAAUUACUCAUACAACCUGGCUCACCCUCGUUAAAAACCGUGCCAGUACCGAAUUCAAUACUUCAGCCACAAAACGCGUACAUUCAAGACACAAGCCCAGGCAGUGGUGGCAAUCCCCCUCCGCUGGUCUCAGUUCUCUCACCGACUCAGGUAAACAACAAUAACAUCACCCUGAGGGCACCCCCCAACCCCUACCCCAUGUACUAUUUUAAUAUCGAGGUCAAUGGCUCGCCACAUGGGAGGAUUGUCAUCGAGGUACGACCCGAUGUGGCACCAAAAAUGGCCAAGAACUUCAGUGUUCUUGCAACAGGUGAAAUUGGCGUUGGGUACAAGGGCUGCUCGAUCUUCCAGUGCUGGGAGGGUGAGUCCGUCAUCACCGGGGAUUUCGAGCUCAAUAAUGGAAGAGGGGGGAGAAGUAUCUUCGAGGAUGGCUAUUUUAUGCCCGACGACACCAAGUUUCCAGCUGUCAGGGGCGCUGUCGGUAUGCGACGAACGCAGAAGCGUCACGAUAAUAUGGGAAUGGUGGGCUCACAGUUCAGAAUUAUUCUCCAGGAGAUGAGGGGCUUCACUGGUAUAUUUGGACAUGUUGUCGAGGGGCUGGAGUUGAUUGAGAAAAUUUCCACUUAUGGCGAUCAGACUGGAAAGCCCACCAAGAACAUUUUAAUCACCAAGUGUGGUAAAUUGUAACGUUCAAUUUCUUGUUAUGAUUGUGAUUACGUUAUGCCGACGAUCUCUGUGAGCUUUCUUUGUGAGGAUUAAUGGGGUUUAUGGGGUAGGGGUUAAGGGGUUUGGGAUGCAUUGUUUAUGACGAUAAUAUUGGGGUUUAGAAUGAGGGAAUUGUCAUUGUAGAGUGGGUAAGAUUUAUGGAAUGUUGAAAUCUAUUUUUAAAAUUGAGAAUUUAUGAGAGAAGACUAUGAACAUGCGAAUAUUAUAUUUAAAAACUGUAUUUUGCUAAUAACGGUGGAAUUUUGAGGGGUGAACUAUUCCAGGGAGGAUAUUGUUUUAGAUAAUGAUUAUUGAUCGACACAAUAUGUACCUCAGAAUCGAUCGUAUAUCGAUUUCUAAACUCUUAGAUGUAUGAUAAUCGUGUUAUUCGAAUUUAUAUAUUUUUUUUUGUUUUCUGAGUGCGAAACGAGGAUAUCAUUGGAUUAUUUUUAUGACAAAUGCAACAACAAUUACGUAGAAUUGUUCGAUACGAUAAUGAGAAACUUAUAUUUAGAGCAAUCCAUAAAAUCGGGAGUAAUCAUGAAUAUUGAAUAAUUCGUGCAUUGCACAAAAGCGAAUAUAUCGAUAAAUAUAAAAUAUAUUUUUAGUCGGAGGACUCUACAUGUGUGUUUAACUCGCUGAAUGGCUCUUCAGCGUCAGCAAAUGAAUGUGAAUAAUCUUAUGAUACGUGUAGCUUGCUUAAAGAAUUUAUCCAGCAAUGGAUAAUCUAUGACUGAUAUAAGUAGACCAUUGAUUUUUCGUUCUAUCGAUGUGGUGUUAAUCAAUGGAUUAUUAACCACAAAUGAAGCAAAAGAGAAUUGGAGCACCCGAGAGAGUGUCACUCAACUAAUCCCCGUUUCCCACAGAUCAAUGAAAGAAUAUUAUAAACUCAAGUAAAUAAAUAAUGUCGUCCUUGCUCCUCUUUUUUGCUUCGCCCAGCAACUGUCGAGGCCCAUGUUAAUUUUAAUUUUAUUCGAUAUUAGACGAUUCUUAAUUGUGCAAAUGUAUCCGAGGCCUAAUUGAAGCGUAGAACGCGAAAAUUUACCUCGUUAAUUUCUGAUCGACGCAUGGAGAACUAUUUCCAGUAAAAAUAGUCCUGAAAUUUAGUCAUCGUGGGGUGUAUUGAAUUUUUAGGAAUUUUCAUCAAAACUUGAGUAAAAAUUACAUAAAAAAGUUAUAAUUUUCACUAAAGUGUAGAAAAUAAAUUUUUUUUCUACUAGAAGGACAACAAAAUGUUUCAAGUCUUUUUUUCUAGAAUUAUAAUCAGAAUUCCUGUAAAGUCUGUACACCAAACGAUUACUAGAAUUUAGCUCCGUGAUCAAUGUGUGAUUAAUUGAGAAGAGAGAGGGAGCCAAUAUAUUAUAUCUACGUAUAAUUGGACAUUGAAGCAAAUACUACAAUUACAAAAUUUAUUUAAAAAGUGGAACAAACGAAACAAAAUGAAAUAUUUUAAAAUCUCUGUGAAAUCGUUCGUUAUACUAUAUGAUAAAAAUGUAACCACGAAUACUCGCGCGUUCAUUGAAAAAUGAAAAAAAUUAAUAUUUCAUGUACGUGGCAUUACUCUAUGCGGAAUAGAAAAAAAGGGGGUAAAUGGACAGAAAAUGUCCACAUGAAUACCGAAAAAUAAAUAGAAAAAAACAGUUUAAAUAUUCAGGCCACGUCGUCUGCGGAUGCCUUCUACGAGGAUAUACCUCACUCGAUGUUGAACUUGAAAGUUCCAAAGCAAAACUUGUUGAUUAAAUGGUAAAUGUGUUUUAUGUGUGACAAACGACGAGUUCAAACGACGAAAAAUAACCGAAAAAAAAAUGAUAAAACUAUAUUAACGAAGAAAAACGAGUUCGCUGACUAGACAUAAGAACGAUUGAAGAGACGAUAAAGCGUGUGUCGUGAUUAGACUUUUAAGAAAAAUAUAAAAAUGUGAAAUUUAUUCCAAAGCGAGCGAGACGAUAUGUGCAAGUAUAUUUUUCGAGCUCCGACGUAUAGCACCAGCGCCAAAAAAAAAUUAAUAUCGAGAUGACUAUAUUACGAUUCCACUGGGAAUGGCGUGUUCUCCCACCUGUAUAUAGAUAUAUUUUUAUGAAAGAGACGAGGCAAUGUGUAGCUUAUACAAAACUAGAGAGAUACAUUGGAACAUCUAGUCCUCGUCCUCACAAAUCGAAAAAACUGCAGUAAAAAUUCAACGAAAAUAACGAAAUGAAAUGAAUUAAUCAUUAGUUUAUCUGCAUUUUCCACUGCUGUUCUGUUAGUUUGUUCGGUCAUUGUGUUAUUUUAUAAAGGGAUCUAUAUGUACUUUCGUUGAUACUAUCUGCGCAUAAAAUAAUCUUAUACUCGAUGUACUUGAAAGGAAACCUGUCGAUUUGGUUUAUAAACUACUUGAUUUCGUUCA